AUGUCGUCAACGGAUGCAAUGAUUGGGCGUGUGUGCCGCACCUUCGGUGAGGCUUUCGCAAAAGACGAAGCCACAGCGAAAGAGCAGAAGAAGAAAUAUUGGAUUAAACGGGUUCUGGGUUCAGGUGCCACCGGUACGGUGUUGUGUGCCAAACGGACGUCCGAUGGUGAAACGUUUGCAGUGAAGGUUGUGGACUUGGAAGGUAUGAACGAAGGAGACAAAAACCGCGCACAGGCUGAGGUACACUGUUUGAUGAACUGUGAUUUCUUUUCAAUCCUGAAGUGCCAUGAGGACUUUGCGAAGAAAGAUCCACAGAAUGAGGUGAAUGUGCUGAUGAUAGCACUGGUGCUCGACUACGCAAAUGCUGGAGACCUCCGGCAGGAAAUCAAAAGCCGUGCAAAAGCUUCACGCACGUUCCGUGAGCAUGAGGCUGGGUUGUUGUUCAUUCAGGUUCUCCUUGCACUUCAUCAUGUACACUCGCGGCAUAUGAUCCAUCGUGAUAUCAAGUCAGCGAACAUCCUCCUGUGCAGCAACGGCCUAAUAAAGCUUGGAGACUUUGGAUUCACCAAAAUGUAUUCUGCGACAGUCUCUGAUGAUGUUGGAAAGACGUUCUGUGGUACGCCAUAUUACGUUGCACCGGAGAUUUGGCGUCGGAAACCAUACAGCAAGAAAGCCGACUUGUUCUCUCUUGGUGUCCUCUUAUAUGAACUGUUGACACUCAGGCGUCCUUUUGAUGGGGAGAGUAUGCGUGAUGUGAUGAAUAGAACCCUGAGCGGACAGUACGAUCCGUUACCACCUGAAACGAGUCCCGAGAUGGCUGAAAUUGUUUCCCUUUUGUUGAGCAGUGAUCCUAAGCAGCGACCUUGCAGUGGGAAGUUGUUGGAUAUGCCCAUCUGCAAACUGUUUAUGUCUGGUUUGCUUGAGAUUGUGCAAACACAACCGGGCUUUGAAGGUCCACUACGUGACGUGAUUCCUUCCGAUAUCCGUAACAUUAAGCAACUACUACGAGCUGAGAAAAGAAGCAUUGUAAAUCAAAUGGAUGAAUCGUACAGUGCCGCGAUAUCCACUGCGGUACUGGAGGGUGCAACUUCCUGCAGUGGCCUUGGUGACGUGACACUGUAUGAGGGUAUAAUAAAGAAACAGAGUAGUGACAUGUCAUGGAAGCGACGAUACCUGUGCAUCCGUGCUGAGCUCGAGAAUGGUGAGGACCUUAGUGUUGGGAAGCUUCCGAAGUUUAAGAGUCUUCACCUUGUGCUUGCCAUUUCAAAAGACACUUUGCAACGGCAGUGUAUUGCCACUCCAUUCACGGACCUGGAGGAUGUAUUCCCGGUGCCGAGCAAGUAUACCGGCUCCAACGCUCCUAACGUGUUCGCUGUUGUAUUUGUCGGAGGUUCACGUCUUCUUUUUCAAGCCCGCGGCACUCCUGAGCGUGACGCAUGGAUGCAGAAAAUACAGGAGGUUCUUGGCAUUGGUGAUGCUGAGUGA